AUGACUGUUAAAAAAUUAUUAAAAAUAGCAUUUUUUAAAUCUUCUGCUUUACAAAAAUAUCCUGGUUGUUAUAAAGAACCACUUGUAACAGUUUGGACAGCUUAUACAAAACAGCCUAUUUCUACUAUUACUAUAUGGUGGAAUCUUAAGAAAGUUGGGUUUACAUCUUGUAUACCUCAUAAAAAACCCGCAAUGAUAGAAGUACAUUGUCAGGCUUGUCUCAAAUGGACUCAUACAUACAAAAAUUGGGAAGAAAAAAAAUGA